AUGAGUUUUCUAACAGGCUCUCUCAAAGGCUCUUGGCAACCCAUGAUGACAGCUAAGACAAACAACCAGAGUUACUGGCUGAACUGGAGAGUUUUGCUUUGUGGCAUUUGGGUUCUGGUUUCAAUAAUCUUCUCAUCAUUGCUUAUAUGGAAGUAUGAACGUUUAAGAAACCAAACAAGAAAUGGUAGCAGCAGGGAAACCCAACAAGAAACUUCAGCAACUUUGUAUGAGGAUGAAACUUGGAGGCCUUGUUUAAAAGGAAUUCACCCUGCCUGGCUUUUGGCUUUUAGAGUUGUUGCAUUUAUUGUGCUUUUGGUUCUUCUCAUUAUCAAUGCUGUUGUUGAUGGAGGAAGCAUUUUCUACUAUUACACUCAGUGGACUUUUACUUCAAUAACCGUUUAUUUUGGGCUUGGAUCUUUGCUCUCCAUGUAUGGAUGUUACCAACAUCAUAAGAAAGCAACUGGGGAUAAGGUUGAUAAUGUGGAUGGAGAUACAGAGCAAGGAACGUAUGAUGAUGCUCCAGCACUUCCACAAAGUUCUAAUGCAUGCGACCAAGAGAAAAGUUUGGGAGCCCCAGAAGAAGAUCUUGUUCGCCAACAUGCAAGCACUUGGGGUUAUAUUUUUCAAAUAAUAUUCCAGAUUAAUGCAGGUGCUGUGAUGCUCACUGAUUGUGUAUUUUGGUUCAUAAUUGUUCCAUUUCUAACCAUCAAAGAUUACAACCUAAACUUUUUGGUAGUAAAUAUGCACACAAUCAAUGCUGUUUUCCUUAUAGGCGAUGCUGCUUUAAAUUGCCUGCGGUUCCCUUGGUUUCGAAUAGGAUACUUUUGUCUGUGGACAGCUACAUAUGUGAUUUUCCAGUGGAUUCUUCAUGCUUGCAUUAAUCUCUGGUGGCCAUAUCCAUUUCUUGACUUGUCAUCCCCUUAUGCUCCAUUAUGGUACCUGGCGGUGGCCUUGCUGCAAAUUCCGUGCUAUGGUAUUUUCGCUUUGUUAAUGAAGCUAAAACAUUUUGUCUUGUCAACGCGGUACCCCGACUCAUACCAAUGUGUUAGAUGA